UUCUGCCAUAUUGACGGCCGUCCCAAAGCUCUUAGGAGCGAGGAGGAAUCUCUGAGGAGGACGCCACUAGAGCAGCCUUCCAGGAAGUGCUUUACCGGCCGACACGCCCCCUCGUUGCUCAUCAACAUUUGGUAAAAAGAGAAAAAUGACAGCAGGUCCCAAGGAAUUGUGGACCGCUACAUGUUCAUAACAGUCAUGUUAUAAAGAAUAUGAAAAAGUGUGUUCAUCAUUAUAAUUGGGUUCAUUACACUUUAUGCUUGUUUUUUAACAAUACGCUUGACAGAGAAAUACUAAAAGACUGUUCAGUUUGAAAAAUGUAAGUAGAAACGUACCACAUAUAAAGUAUUGUUUUACCCAUAUUAUUAGUGUAUUCAUUAACUUUGAAUGAAUACAAACUAGAAAAAAAGCUAAAAAAGGAAACAUCACUGUUCAGAGAUGUGCUGGGAAAUCUGACACAUCCUCCUCCGUAGCUUCUGUACAGGACACAUUGUGUUUGUAGACUUUGCCCCCGACCUCUGAGUGCUCAUCAUAUCACGGUUGCUCUUGGAGUCUGGGAUUUUCCAUGUGUCUGUACAUAUGGCGGAACAUGUCUGCAUCUGGUCCCAUGGUUAUCUCUAGAUUGGACACGGGGGUAUUUCAUGUUGUGGUCCUGCUUGAUGAUCAUGUAUGGACAGAAAAGGUAAAGAAGACAUUCACAGACAUCGUAUGUUGCAGUGGUGGGGGAAGUAUUCAGGUCCUUUACUUAAGUAAAGGUACUAAUACCACACUGUAAAGGUACUCUAUUAAAAGUCUUGCAUUGAAAAUGCUACGUAAGCAUAAGUAUGAAAGUAUAAUCAGGAAAAUGGACUCGAUGCAGAAAAAAUAGCCCCUGUUAGAGAAUUAUUCAUUCCUUAAUGUAAAAGCAAUGUUGGGGUGAAUGCUCAUUUGAACUAUUUUGUAUAGGGCUGCAACUGAUUAUUUAUGGAUUAAUCUGCUGAUUUUUUUAAUUUCUUUUGUAAAGAAUUCAUAGUUUGUGAUGCCAUUUUUCACUAUUUCCAGAAUUACAAACCAAUUACCCGCAGUCCAAAAUGACGCAACCAAUUGUGCAAAAGUCUUAAAAAUAAAGUAUUUUAUAACUAUUACUGAAAUCGUUCUUCAGGUAAUUCCUUGCCAGUCGAUUGAUCGACUAAUCGUUUCAGCUGUACUGUAAAAAAUACAUUUUUUAAGUAAAACUAAUUACGUGAAGCUGUCAGAUAAUUGCAGUGGGGAUAAGAAGCACAGUAUUUCCCUCUGAACUAAGGUGGAGUGGAAGUAUGAAUUGUCACAAGAAGGAAAUACUCAAGUAUAGUACAAGUGCUUGGAUUUGCACAUAAUACUUCAGUGGAUGCACUUUCACAACUCAUACAUUAUGUAGGGACUAGAAGAAUCACACAGAGAGCACAUACAGAACCUAGUAUUUUUUUAAACCAUUUAAAUGAGUUUUUAUUAUAACCUGUAACCAUACUAGUGUAUCUAGUGCCCCCCCACAUGGAUACCCAACCACUCUAUACUAGAGAGAAGCUCAGAGACUUAACAUCAUGCCGCACUGUUCAGGGAGCGUGAGAAUGCUUACCUGCUUUUACACAUGUGCUGGUUUGUGUGUAAAUCUCAGAGUACAUUAAGUAGCAUGAGCAGCUGACAGGGCAGGUCCAAAGGUCCCAUACUACAUAUACGCACAUAUAAAGAGGGGCCUCACAUCACUGAGAGCUGCUUGACUUGACCCUCCUGACAUACAGGAUGAAGACCCUCCAGGCUCUGCUUCUCUUGGCUGCGAGCCUCUCUGUUGCCCACUCGUUGGACUACAAGGCUCUGAACCAGUUCAGAAGGAUGAUCCUGUGCCUGAUGCCCGACAGCUGGCCUACCCUCGACUACACCGACUACGGCUGUUACUGCGGAAUGGGAGGCUCCGGCACACCCGUGGAUGAUCUGGAUAGGUGCUGCCAAGUGCAUGACCAGUGUUACAAUGCAGCCAUGCAGCACUCCGAGUGCUGGCCCAUCCUCGACAAUCCUUACACCGAGCUGUACAGCUACAGCUGUGACGAGACAAACAGGAAGGUCACCUGUGGCAACAAUAACGACGAGUGUGAGAUGUUCAUCUGUGAGUGUGACAGGAAGGCCGCCGAGUGUUUUGCCAGAACACCUUGGAUCCCUGAGCACGAGCACCUGCCCAGCGACCACUGUCAGUAA